AUGACCAGCCACCCUCACGAAGUUGACAUGUGGGCCCGCCAGCAUGACGACACUUACGCCGAUUAUAUCCAAAACGCCGUGCCAGAGGAGGCUGCCAGCGACAGCGCCCCAGAAAAUAGAUUGAAGAAGACAGCAGCCUCCACGGACAAAUGCCGGAACUGCGGAGAGCUGGGGCACUUUAUCGCCCAGUGCAAGCAGCCACGCCGCGGCCAGGCGGGUUACGUAUCGCCCUUUUGUCCCGCCCCAGCAGCGGGGGGCGAAAUCUGCCGCAAUCGUAACUACGGCCACUGCACCGAACACCCCAGUGCAAAGCCGGAAGUCGCUGAGCCGUCGAGAGUUCCCUCAAGCGCUUGGACGCCCCUGCGUGCCGACGCUUUUGCCAGGCUGCUCACGGAUCAUCCCGAUAAAAACCUCCGUCAGUUCAUCCUUAACACCUAGCACACCGGAGCUGACAUUCGGUAUACAGGACCGCAACAAAGCCGGUCCACAAGUAAUUCACAGUCCGCACGAAUUCACCACGACGCGCUCCUGAAAAGCAUAAGAAAGGAGGUUUCGCUGGGUCAUACCGUCGGGCCCUUCUCCGCUCCUCCGCUGCCUCACUUCGUUGUUAACGCGCUGGGCUGCCGUCCAAAAAAAGACGGGGGCCAUCAGACUAUAAUGGACCUUUCCCAACCGUACGGAAACAGCGUCAACGACCACAUAAGGGGCGAUGAAAUGCCCUUGCAGUACUGUUCAGUCGACGACGCUGUACGCCUAGUCGUGACCGCCGGCAAAGGCGCAGUGAUGGCCAAGAUGGACAUCAAGUCCGCGUUUCGCCUCAUUCCCGUCAGACGCGCUGACUGGAACCUGCUGGGGUUCAAGAUUAGCGGUGAGUACUUUUUCGACAUAGUGCUACCGUUCGGUUGCCGCUCUUCACCUUAUAUCUUUGAAUUCUUCUCCCUUGCUGUUCACUGGUGUGUGGGAAAGAGAGCACAGCUAGUUACUUUGCUACACUACGUAGAUGAUUUCUUUUUCGUUGGCAAACCUCGGACGAUCGAGUGUAAUCUGCUCAUGCAGUCUAUGGAGGCAGUGUGCAGCGAGCUUGGGGUGCCAUUAGCUCUGGGCAAAACAGAGGGCCCCGCCACUCGGCUGACAUUCCUCGGCAUAGUGCUUGACUCGGUGGUGCAGACUCUCAGCCUGCCCAACAAUAAGCAGCUGGACAUAUUGGAAACCCUAAAGAAAUGGGUCGGAAGGGAAUCUUGUACCACUAACGAGCUGCAAAGUCUGAUCGGUACAUUGUCCUUUGCCUCAAAAUGCGUACCAUCCAGUCGGCUGUUCACGAGGCGAAUGAUAAUGCUGCUUUCCGCCUUCCAUGGACGUUCCACUAUCACCCUCACCGACGACUUUCACAGUGAUCUGGAUUGGUGGAGAACGUAUCUGCCACAAUGGAACGGCACGGCCCUCUUCCUGGACCCUGACUGGACCACCUCCGACGUACUGCACCUUUAUACAGACGCAUCCGCCACGCUUGGUCUGGGAGCCUUUUAUCAAAACGAAUGGUUCCAGCUUAGGUGGCCGAAGUGGAUCCUGCAACGCCCGCCAUCAAUUGAGUACCUGGAGAUGGUUCCCAUCCUCCUCGCGGCUAUUGUUUGGGGGCGGAUUUUGUGGCGACGAAAAAUCAUUUUCCGUACUGACAACGCCGGCGCUGUGGAGGCAUGGGCACGCCUGCGCUCCAGCAGCCCGGGCGUCCUUGAUCUUAUGCGGCGCUCGACGCGGGCGGCGGCAGAUAAUAAUUUCACCCUAACCUUGAAACACGUUCGCGACGGAGCGGUUCCGAAAGCUGGCCCCUCAGGAGUCGCAGUUGCCAACACCAUGUCCGGACAUUUUCGGGAGCCUACAGGAGUCUUACGACCAAACCCGACUCUGCAGCGCCUCCUCGGCGCAAACAUUUCCUCAUCCUCCCGAACGACAUACGAUCCUUCAUUGAGCCGUUUCCAAGCUUUCUGCCUUGCCAAUCGCCUAACACCACUCCCAGCAGCUCCGGCGACGGUCGCGGCGUUUGUCGCGCAGCUUUUCGAGGACAAGGCAGCUUAUCGGACAUGCAAAGUGUAUUUGGCGGCGAUCCACAAUCAUCAUCGAGAAGCAGCGUUGCCUAACCCAACAGCCGACGACCUGGUCGUGCGGGCGGUUAACGGAUACAAGCGGCUUAAGGGGCCGACGCCUGAUCAACGUCUACCGAUUACGCUGAACGUGAUGCGCAUGCUCAAAACGCGACUGGCAGAGCACGAUAACACUGAAGAGGCCGUGAUGCUAUGGAGCGCGUUCUGCAUGGCUUUCUUUGGGUUCAUGCGAGUCAGUGAGCUGGUCAGCAAGACGUCCAGCUUGUUCGAUGCGGCAUCAACUCUGACAUGCAACGACGUACAGUUGACGGGCGCGCGUGUGAUAGUCUCACUGAAACGGACGAAAUCGGACCAGUUCGCAGCAGGCACAAAGAUCGAGCUCACCGCCACUAACCGCUCAGUGUGCCCUGUCCGCGCUAUCGAAGCUUACCACCGGCAGCGGGAGAUGCAAUGGGGAAUGGCAGAACCUUUCUACCGCUAUGCCGAUGGUCGCUAUCUCACACGGGAGCGAGUGGAUCGAUCCCUGAAGUCUCUCCUGGAUGGCCACCCCGACCGCCUGCGCUUCAGUACACACAGCUUCCGCAUCGGAGCGGCAACCGAAGCGGCCGCUCAAGCGCUGCCGAACGAGGAGAUAAAACGAGCCGGACGAUGA